UUAAAGUUUACGAAAAAGCAAGUGAAAACAAGUGUGAAAUUUGAUAGACGUCUUCUCAAAAAUGAUAGGUGUUCAUUUAAAUGUUAAAACUAACUACAUAUAAGUGUAAAAUACUAAUAUAUGAGUAGAUAAUUUUUAUACUAUUAAAAAAUAUUAUGUUAUUUCUAAUGAAAUAUAACCAAAAUGAGUAUAACCUUUUAGUUUCAUGAUAAACACGGGUUUAUACAAUUUAUUUCUUGUUACAAUCAGAUUUUGUUUGAUAUCACAGAAUGAACGCAAGUGCACCCAUUAAACCUCCACGUGGAAUUAAACCCACUAAAGAAACGAGCGGUUUACUAAUCUCAGUAAUACGAGCACUUUCUGCUUCUGAAACAAAUGAACAAAGAGAGAUUGAGAAAGCUAAAUUAGAAAAAGAAUAUAAGCGAAGUGAUCAAAGAUUAGACGAAUUAGUUUCAUUGCAUGAGCAAGAUCUUAUGGAGGUUAUGCAAAUAUUUAGUACUCUAUCUGAAAGAGUUACUGCAGCAAGAGAGAAAAUUCAUGCUGUAAAAGAAAAUUUAAAUGCUUGUAAACAGUUAUUAAGCUGUAAACGUGAGGAAUUACUUAAUUUAUGGCUAGAAGGAAUAGAACAUAAACAUGUACUACAACUUUUAGAAGAAGCAUCCACCUCGCCAGAAAAAUACAAUUUAGAAUAAAACAGUAUAAAAUACUAUUUUUAGAUAUUAAAGAAUUGAACGAGGGAAAUAAUUGUACAGUUAAAAUCUUUCUCCAUAUCAUCUACUUCAAUAAGAGUUUCCGUUAUACCUAUGUAUAAAAUUGAAGUAACAGUUAGUAGUUCAUCUACUUC